AUGUCUGCCUUGAAAGAUCUUAUUCCAGUUGUCAACAAGUUGCAGGACAUAGUCACAACAACAAACUUGACUGAGCUAGACCUUCCCCUAUUGACGAUUAUAGGCUCCCAAUCCGCAGGUAAAUCAUCUGUUUUGGAGAAUAUCGUUGGUAAAGACUUUUUACCCAGAGGAACCGGAAUCGUUACCAGAAGGCCUUUGAUUCUUCAGUUGAUCAACAUUCAGCCUGAUGAUCCAUUAGUUUACCAAAACUCCUCCUCUUCUGGCCCAGGAUACCCAGAAAGCUCUGAUGUCGCUGAAGAGCCUACACUAGAGGAUCACCUAAGAAAGAACGCCGAUCCAUCCGGUGCGGAUGACCAAUCACCAGUUGCAGAAUGGGGCCAAUUUCUCCACUUGCCAGGGAAACGUUUCUACAACUUUCAAGAGAUCCGAAGAGAAAUUGAGGCUGAAACAGCCAGAAUAGCAGGCAAGAACAAAGGAAUCAGUAGAGUCCCUAUCAAUUUGAAAAUUUAUUCGCCAAAUGUGUUGAAUCUAACCAUGGUUGAUCUUCCGGGUUUGACCAAGAUUCCCAUAGGUGAUCAGCCAACAGACAUUGAAAGGCAGAUCAAAAACUUGAUUUUGGAAUAUAUUGCUAGACCAAAUGCAAUCAUCCUUGCUGUAUCCCCAGCAAAUGUUGACCUGGUUAACAGUGAAGCCUUGAAGUUAGCGAGACAAGUAGAUCCCCAAGGUAAGAGAACAAUCGGUGUUCUCUCCAAGGUUGACCUGAUGGAUCAUGGGACCAAUGCCCUGGACAUUCUUACUGGAAAGGUGUACCCACUAAAACUGGGAUUCAUAGGAGUAGUCAACCGAUCACAACAGGACAUUUCUGUCAACAAAGCACUCUUCGAUAGUUUAAGAGCUGAAGAAGAGUUUUUCCAAUCUCAUGCUGCGUACAGGAAUAUUGCAAACAGAUGCGGAACCAAGUAUUUGGCCAGAGUCCUCAAUCAGACUUUGAUGAACCACAUUAGAGAAAGAUUGCCUGAUAUCAAGGCUAAAUUAAACACCUUGAUGGGUCAAACUGAACAAGAGCUUGCAUCGUAUGGAGAUAUGGGUUCAGUUUCUGAGUCGAACAAAGGUGGCCUUAUUCUGCAGUUGAUGACAAAGUUCGCAACUAAUUUUGUAAACUCAAUUGAGGGAAAUUCCUCUUCUGUCAGUACAAAAGAACUAUGUGGAGGUGCAAGGAUAUAUUCCAUUUACAAUGAUGUUUUUGGAAGUUCUUUGUUGAGUAUUAAUCCAACUGCUAGUUUAUCAGUGAGCGAUAUUAGAACUGCAAUUCGGAACUCUACUGGUCCCAGACCUUCCCUCUUUGUCCCAGAACUGGCAUUUGACCUCUUGGUUAAACCCCAAAUCAAGCUUUUAGAGGGCCCAUCACACAGGUGCGUAGAACUGGUGUAUGAAGAACUAAUGAAGAUUUGCCACAAUUGUGGUUCUCCUGAACUUGGUCGUUACCCAAAGUUGCAGGCUAAACUGAUUGAGGUGAUAUCUGACCUGCUCAGAGAAAGGCUAGGACCAACCACCCAAUACGUUGAAAGUCUCAUUGAUAUCCACAGGGCUUACAUCAACACAAACCAUCCUAACUUUGUUGGCGCUGCUGCCGCUAUGACCAGUGUUGUUGAAGAAAGAAAAAAGCAAAAGGAAGAAAGUAUGAGAAUUAAAACACGAGAAGAGAAGAAGAAGUCAACUGAAACUGGUUCUGCUUCGAGUCCAGAUUCGCCUAAAGAAUUGUUGUUGGAAAAUGGUUCUACUAACAGUUCUGUCAGUCAACUUAUUGAAAAGCAUCGCAAAUCGAGUGACUCUGUUCAUGGAGAUGAUUCUCGUCAUGCUCAACAGCAGAAUGGGGAUAACAAGGAGUCUUUCUUAAACUUUUUCUUUGGGAAAGAUUCGCAGCAGGAGAACCAGCAGCAACAGUUACAUCAAAAUAAACCAGCUACCAGGCCAUUUCAAUUCGCAGAAGACAGUGAAACGUUGCACUUUUCCAAUGAGCCAGAGGCUCAAACCGCUAUUCAGCGUAUGGAUGCUCUAAAUCUCCAUAAGGAUACCGAAGCUCAUCUAUCCGAGCGAGAACAAUUGGAGUGUGAGUUAAUCAGACGCUUGAUAGAUUCAUAUUUUGACAUUGUCAGAGAGAUGAUUCAAGAUCAGGUCCCAAAGGCAGUUAUGUGUCUUUUGGUAAACUACACUAAGGAGUGUGUUCAAAACAGGUUAGUUUCGAAGCUCUAUAAAGAGUCCAUGUUUGAUGAGUUACUCUUCGAAGAUGAGAACUUGGCUCAAGAAAGAGAAAAAUGUCAGAAGUUACUAAACACUUACAAGGAAGCCAGUGAAAUCAUCAACGAAGUAAUCUAG